AUGCCGAAACUGGUAUGGGGAAGGCUUUGCUCAGUGACGUUGCUGACCUUGCUUGCAGUCAAUGCUGACGAUCGCUUGCGGCAGUCUGAAUUGAUUGAGCGUUCGGCCAAUCGAAGCACCUGGAGACAGCGGUUGCUGCAGACGACGACAGUGUCCACACAGACAUUCCCUGGCUUCAACACGAAGCGCUCCGAGCUGUGCGUGAGCCAGGGUCAGUCGAUCACACCUCCAGAGGUCCUUCCUAGCUCUCUGGAACUCUGUGCGUACUGCACAAAACCGGAGCUGGAUCCCUGCGUCUACGACGUCUCGGAGUGCGGCAGCGUGUCACAGGGCUCCACCUGCCGGGUGCGCUGCAAGGUUCCUUACCUGGGAGCCUCCAGCGUGGCAUUGUGCCCCGCCAGCGGCUCGCUCGUGGAGGAGAACCUCACCUUCCAGCUGCCCAACUGCGUGCCGUCGCUGGAGGAGGGCAAGGUCUCUUGCCCCAACCCAGCGUCGAUUCCGGCGGGCUAUCGCCAGGUUCAGGAGACGGGCGGCUGGGCAUGCUCGACAGGCUACCAUGGAGAGGCGCUGCGCCAGUGCACGCUGCUGUACCAGGAAGGCUCCUGCGUGUUGCAGGCGGUUUUCUCCGGCUGCAGAGCGUUGACCACUUGCCGGGCCGCAGAUCCUCCGAUAGACUAUCCGGACCUGGCGGGAGGAGUGCCCUCCUGUGGGUAUGACACCAGCCGCUGUCAGAAUGUGUUGAACGGGGAGUCCUGCCGCAUCGGCUGCCGGGCGCCAUUUAGUGGGCCCAUGGUCACUGCCAGAUGCCCUGCGACCAACACGGACUCCAACCAGAAGUUGACUUAUGAACCGCCGAAGUGCGAGAAGCUGUGUCCCAGCCCGUCCCUCGAGGAGGCGGGCCCAGGGUACCUCUACGAUGUCUCCAACGACGCCUGGUCCUGCGCCCCCGCGUAUGCGGGGGAAGCGGUCAAGAUGUGCGAGAUAGACAACAGCUGCCAGCGGAGCGUGUGGAUGAGCGGAUGCCUGCUGCUGGUGCCCUGUGAAGCUCCGAAUCUGGAUCCUUGCAGGUAUGACUGGUCCAGCUGUGGGGACCUUGCGGCCGGCACUGAGUGCCAGAUAGGCUGCAAGCCACCCUACGAAGGUGAAAACCUUCCGGCCCUGUGCCCCGCGAACAACUCCCAGCUGAGCCCGCUCAUUUACCAGGCGCCUUGGUGCAACUUGAACUGCCCGGACCCCCUGCCACUUCCGGAAGGCUACUCCAAGCUGGGUACCGACUUCAAGUGCGUUGCUGGCUACACAGGUUUCGCUGACCGGACCUGCUCGGUGAACCCAGAUUGCUCCUAUGAGGUCACCCUCAGAGGCUGCGACAAGCUGGUGGGCUGCAAGGGCCUACCGGAGCUUCCGGCCUGGCCUGCUCCGGGCAACAGGUGUGAGCUGGACAUCAGCGACUGCCAGCGCCAAGUGCCGUUGGGCGGAUCCUGCGAGGCCCGAUGCUUAGCGCCCUUCACCGGCGCCAAGAAAAACCUGCGCUGCCCGACCCGCAACACGGACCCCGAGAGGACUGUGGACUUCAGUAUGCCAGGGUGCAGCCUCGCGGAUUGCCCAGAGCCGGUGCCCCGCGGCUACGCCAAGACCGCGGAGGCCUGGCGCUGCGCGCCGGGCUUCGGCGGCACGGUGCUAAGCAGCUGCACCACUUGCGGCAGGCUGGUGCUGAGCGGCUGCUCGACAGCCAUCCCUUGCCGAAGGUUGGAGGUGGAGGACAGCUGCCGCUACAACGUGAGCGACUGCUCUGAAUCCAUGGGUGCCGGGGAGUCCUGUACCAUCAGCUGCGGGAACGCAUACAAAGGGGAAGACACCAUUGGCCUUUGCCCGGCGGACAACAUUGAACCCGAUGGGGAGAUGGUGGCAGAGCUUCCAGAUUGCCAGCUCUACUGCUCCGACCCAGACCCCAUGCCGGCAGGCUACGACCUCUUUGUGGACUACUUGGGCCGCCGGGAGUUCAGAUGCGCCGCGGGCUACAUCGGCAGAGCCCGGAGCGAGUGCUUGCUGCUCGAGGGCUGCUCUACCGAGCUGCGGCUCACUGGCUGUAUCAAGUUGGAGCCCUGCACGCCUCUUCAGCUGCCCCACUCAGAGCGCUACGACAUGGCAGGCUGCGAUCGGGUCAUGCCGGGGCAGUCGUGCCGCGUGUCCUGCGCGGCUCCGUGGAGUGGCCCGCAGGCCUUUGCCAGCUGCCCUGAGAACAACGUGGACGCCUCGCAGCCGCUGCUGUUGCCGGAGGACUUCUACAUGGAUCGGUUUGGGGUCGUCUACAAUCGCCUAUGGCCACCCUUGUGCAGCUUGCGAUGUGACUCCAUCCCGCCCGGGUACGAGAAGGUUUACGGCCAGUGGCGCUGCGCCAACGGGUUCCUGGGCACCGCGCAGAAGGGCUGCGGCCCGCGGGGCGCCUGUCGGGAGGCCAUCCAGCUGGAAGGCUGCUCCCAAUUGCUUCCAUGCACUAUCCCCGAUCUGGAUGCUUGCCAGUUCGACGUCAGCGGGUGCGGAGGCUUUCAGCGCGGAACCAGCUGCGAGGUGAAGUGUCGAGCUCCUUACAACGGCACAUCCUCGCCCAUGUUCUGCCCAGUGAACAACACGGAGACGCAAGGAGGUCUCGUCGGGGAGAUGCCGGACUGCGAAAUCGAGGCAUGUGCAGAUCCAGAUGUCAUACCUCCGGGCUAUGUGCGCAUUGAUGGCCGCUGGGCCUGCGCCGCCGGGUUCACCGGGCUCGCGGAGAAGCGCUGCGUGGCGGAGAAUCCGCUGCCCGUCUCGGAGAAGCAGGCACGCUUGGACCAGUAUGGCCUAGAGCCCCCCAACUGUCUGGUCCGGGGCUACCUCACAGGCUGUGUGGUGGCAGAGCCUUGCGCCGCACUGCUCAUCGAGGACAGCUGCAAGUUCAGCGUGCGAUGUGACAUGGAGAUGGCCCAAGAGGGCCUGGUGGUCAACUCGCUGGCCGCCGGCCAGUCGUGCGAGGUGGUUUGCAAGCCGCCAUACAAGGCCGCCAGCAGUUUCAUCCAAUGCCCGGCCACGAACACCAACAGCUCCACGCCGCCGGCGUGGCAGCCGCAGAUUUGCGAGCUGGACUGCCCAGAGGUGAAGCCGCCUGAGGGUUACCAGAUGGAGCUGGAGAACAGCAGCAACAUCAGCGAGGAGGAGGUGCAGCUCCUUUGCGCGGAGGGCUUCACCGGCAGCCCCAUCAGGAGCUGCCAGUUGCUGGAGGGAUGCCGCAGUGCGACUGUCUUCAGCGGCUGCCAAAGGCUUCGUCCUUGCGCUGCCUUCAGCAGUUUUGCCUGCGGCCUGCAGGCCGACCCUUGCGGUCUGCCAGGGGAGAUUUGCAAAGUCACUUGCAGCCAAGGCUACGAAGGCGGGCCCUUCUUUGGCACUUGCCCCGCAGACAACACCGUGCCGCAGAGGCCCUUGGACUUUGAUGAGCCGCCUUCCUGCCAGAGGACAUUCCCAACGGACGGGUGCUACGAACCUGAAGAGUGGCCGACAGGCUAUGCUCGCUUCAAUGGCACCGGGGAUUGGAUCUGUGCGGAUGGCUACGUAGGCACUCCCCAGGAGACCUGUGUGCCCGACGAGCCCUGCGGUGCGUCGCUGCAGCUGUCUGCCUGCCUGCCGCAACAGCCCUGCCAAGCCCUGCAGAUGGACAGCUGCCGCUAUGAAGCAGUAGGAUGCUCGGGAGUUCUGGGUGGCGAGACCUGCGAGAUCCGGUGCCGCGCGCCGGCGGAGGGCGAUUCAGCGCUGGCCAGCUGCCCUGAGCUCAACACGGACCCCGCCCAGGAGCUGAUCUACACGCUGCCAAGCUGCAUCGUUCCCAGCUGCCCCAAUCCUGUGCCUCUCACGGCCGGAUAUGAGGAGGAAGAGAACGGCACGCUGGCCUGCGCUGAGAAGUUUGCAGGCACGCCGGAGGUGUUUUGCACCUUCACCGGCGACUGCAGCACCUUGGGCCGAUUGGAGGGCUGCCUGCCUCUGCAAGCCUGCGUUGGGCCGGCAGAACUGGACAGCUGCAAGUACAGCAUCAAUCUGUGCGAGGACGGGCCUUUGCUGGAUGUGCCCGGGGGCAGCGACGGGUACCUCACCGUGAAGCCAGGGGGAGGCUGCGAGCUGAGCUGCCGCGGCCGCUUCGUGGGCCCCAAUCAAAUUGGAAGGUGCCCGGCGAACAACACCGACCCAUUUCAGCGCUUGAUAUACGACCCACCCCUCGCUUGCGAUUGUCCAGAUGACCUAGCCGAGUGGCCGGCAGGUUACAAUCAGACAGGCGUCAUCUCCAAUGAUGGGCCCGCUCAGGAGGGCGACUGGUACUGCGAAGACGGAUACGGUGGCGAACCGGAGGUGCUGUGCACGGUGCUGGACGGCUGCGUGCCGCAGCUGGUCUUCCAGGGCUGCGGAGUUCUGCAGCGCUGCCGGCCCAUGAACAUGUCCAACCCCCCGUGCGAGUAUGACAUCUCGCCGUGCAACCGCAGCCUCGAUGGCGGGGAGAACUGUGAGGUGUCUUGCCGUCUGCCGGCGGUGGGUGCUGCGGUGAACGCCAGCUGCCCUGAGGACAACAUUGUGCCAGACCAGGAAUUGAUGUCUGCCUACUUGGACGAUGAGGGCGAGCUGCGCUACAAGCGCUUUGAGUUCCCAGUCUGCGUGACUCCCAGCUUCUGCCCGGACCCGGUGCCCAUGGAGCCCGGGUACAACAGGACUGGAGUCGAAGGUGGACCAGCAGAGGACAACUAUGGGUGUGAUGAGGGGUAUUCCCCUUCGCCAAGGGUGAAGCGCAGCUGUGUGAUGUCGAACAGCUCCGGCAGCGUCGCGUGCUCUCUGGCGCCGUUCUUUGAGGGCUGUCUGCCCAUCGUGAACUGCAGCGGUAUCGACUCUCGUAUGGUGGACACCUGCCGUUUUGACAUCUCCAGCUGCCCAGAUAUUUUCCUGCCGGGCGAGGUUUGCGAGGUGAGCUGCCGCGCUCCCUUCUACUCCGGCAGCAUGACGGGCUUGGCGACGUGCCCUGAGGACAACACCGACCCCGCACGGCAGAUCAACGUCCCGCAGGAUGUGGUGUGUGAGCAAGCUUGUCCUGAGCCAGACCCAGUUCCUUCUGGCUAUGUCAAGGUGGAUGGUCAGUGGCAGUGCGCUUCCGGGUACCUGGGCACGGCGUCUGCGGACUGCUCUGUGGUAUCUAUCUUUUCAAGCGCCACACGCACAUCAAUUUGCGAGGCGCGGGUGGUGCUUACAGGCUGUGAGCCCAUGGCAAGCUGCCUGCCGCCCACCCUCAGUACGUGCAUAUAUGAUACCUCCGACUGCAACGGCGUUCUCUCGGGCACCAACUGCUCCAUCCGCUGCAGAAGUCCUCCCUACGAGGGCCUGGCCACCAACGGCUCCUGUCCCUAUGGGAACUUGGACCCCUUCCUCGUGGUGGACUUCGUGCCGCCCACUUGCGAGCUGCGAUGCCCGCCCCCAGCUCAAGAGGACCUACCCGAUGGCUACAACUACACCGGUGGCAGCUACGUGUGCCAAGAUGGGUGGUUUGGCUCGGCUAAUGCGGAGUGCAUCACCAACAGCGAGGACUGCAGCUUCGGGGUGGCCUUGACGGGCUGCGGCCAGAGCUCUCCCUGCGUGGGCUUGAAUGAGAGCCAUGCUGCUGGCUCCUGCUUCUUCGAUGUGACCCCACAGGCGUGCAACAUCGAGGACCCCACCUUCCCGCAGGCAAACUUCGGCCGUGGCCCGGGCGGGAGAUGUACCGUGAGCUGCCGACCUCCCUGCUCGCCCCAGGAGGGCAUGCCCUACUACGAGUCCUUGAUCUGUCCCGCCAGCAACCUCAACGCCCAGCUGCCGUUGCAGGGCAACUUGCCCAACUGCUCCUUCGACUGCGACCCAUUAGAACGGCAAGGGGGCUACUCGAAGGGCGCGGACGGAGAAUGGACCUGCGCAGAGGGUUUUUCUGGCGAGGUGGUGCCGCUUUGCUGGGCUGGAGAGGUUUGUGAGGAUCAGAUGAUGCUCACUGGAUGUUUGCCACAGCAGCCCUGCGUAGCGCCGGUCAUCACAGACAACUUCUGCUUCUACGAUGUCGCGGACUGUGAAGGCGUCCCUGCGGGCGGCUCGUGCUUCGUGCGCUGCAAAGCGCCUUACUACCUGGGCAGCAUCAGGCCUGCCACCUGCCCGGGCAACAACACGGACCCUUUGGGCGCGGCCGAGCUGCCGGUGCGGCCGGUGUGCAACUGGAACCCCGCGGAGAGUUGCCCUGAUCCAGCAACUGCACCAGCAGGCUACUUCUUCGACGACCAGACGGGCACCUGGAACUGCGCCCCCGGCUACGCCGGCACCGCGGUGCGUCGCUGCGCGCUGCGCCCGGUGAACCCCAACUCCAAGGAGUGCACCCCGGAGGCCCAGUUCUCGGGCUGCGCCGCGCUGACUCCAUGCGUUGAGCCCCAGACGAACGACUGCCGCUUCAACACCUCCCUGGCGGCCAAUCUCACGCCGGGCAGCGUGGGGCUCAUCUACUGCCAGGUGCCCUAUGAUGGUGUGCCCACCGCAGCCAUGUGUCCCUGGGACAACAACGCCCCGGGUCAGGAGCCGGUCUAUGACUUGCCUAUUUGCGAGACCGCCUGCCCCCACGCAGUGGGCCAGACGACACCGCCCGGCUUCGUGUGGGACGACGUGGCCAAGUUGUGGGGCUGCCUCCCUGGGUACCGGGAGCCAGCAGAGGUGAACUGCACCACAAACAUCGCCUGCGAGUGGAAGCUGGACUUCGGGGGCUGCGAGCUCCUCGAAUCGUGUGCCGACCUGAACCUCUCCAGCUGCGUGGUGGAUACGGACGACUGCGUGGGUCUCACCGGCGGCGAAAGCUGCACAGUCCGCUGCAAGCUGCCAGACUUUGUCGGCGCGAGCACUGUUGCGCAAUGCCCCGAAGGGAACAUUGUGCCGGAACAGGUGCUCGAGCUGACGAUGCCAGACUGCCAGGUGACUUGUUCAGACCCAGACCCUUGGCCGGUCGGCUACCGCAAGACCAGCUCGUGGGAAUGCGCCACUGGCUAUGCGGGAGUUGCUGUGAAGAGCUGUGUGACAUCUUCGUACGCGGAGGGCUGCAUUACCACGUCAGUUCUCAGUGGGUGUUUGCCCAUCGUGCCCUGCAAAGCUCCAGAUGCUCGGACACAGCCUCCCUGCUACUACGACACCUCUGCCUGCGGCACGGUGGACGCGGGCUCCUCCUGCCUUGUGCCUUGCCUGGGGCCCUACACGGGGGACAUCGGCUUGGGCACGUGCGUGGUGAACAAUACGGACCCGCACAGGCCGCUGCAGUACGCGUGGCCAGAGUGCUUCCUGGACCCAUGCCCCGACCCAGCAGUGGUCCCCGCGGGCUACGUGAAGCAGGGAGGCAACUGGAGCUGCGCAGACAGCUUCGUGGGAAGCGCAAGCAUCUCUUGCGUUGCAAGCCCCGUGGAGCCAGGUGCAGGAGCACAGUGCAACAUCAGCAGUGUGCUCAGCGGCUGUGUUGGCCAGGUGCCGUGCCCGCCGCUGCCGCUGGAUGCAUGCAUGCUGGACGCUUCCAACUGCAGCGCUGGCGUGGCAGCUGGGUCCUCCUGCGAGGUGGCCUGUAAGUACCCCUAUGAUGGCGUGCCCGGGGAGGCCAUUUGCCCGCUGGGCAACACAGACCCGUACUUCCUUCCCACGCUCCAGUCGCCCCAGUGCCUGGUGGACUGCUCCCGGCUGCAGCCGAACCUUCCGGGCUACCGGCAAAAGGUGAAUGACACUGGCUAUGAAUGUGAUGAGGGCUAUGCCGGGCUGGUGAAAGAGGACUGCUUCCUGCAGUUUGAUGGCAGCGAUCCAUGUGGUACCCCUGCGCUGCUGCUCAAUGGCUGUCGGCCCUUGGCCGACUGCCUAGCACCCAUGGUGGACCUUUGCCAAUUCGACGUGUCAGACUGCCAGCUGGUCGCCCGUGGGGACAGUUGCGAGAUUGGAUGCCGCGACCCCUACGGCGGCAUGUCUACGAAUGCGAGCUGCCCCAUGAACAACACCAACGCCCUGCAAGGCUUGCAGAAAGACCUGCCGUUCUGCAGCUUCCCGGAGUGCCCAGAUCCCGCGAGCCUCCCGCUGGGCUAUGUGCUGCAUCCGAAUGGCACGUAUGGAUGCGAUCGCGACUACAUAGGCGCUGCCGUGCGCACCUGCAGUGCCUUCCCGGUGGGGGGCGGGCCUCGCCUGGGCAACGCGGCCGCAGGACCCCAGUGCUACUCAGAGGCCAUCUUCGCUGGCUGCAAGGACUGGCCGGGCUGGCGGAGUGCCGGUUGA